GGGCAAAGUUUCAGGCGGCGUCCCCCUCGGCGCCCGGGCCGGAGGGGCCGGCUCGCCUUCCGCGGGAAGCAGGCCGGUGGGGAGAAGGAGUUACAGGAAUGAGAUCCUGCGAGGAGUGAAGCAGUGUAGGAACUUGGAUAUCUAGAUUUCUGACCUACGUAUAUCUGCUGAAAGUAACCAUUAAGAGCGGCGUGUGUACUGUUUGAAUGACGGCAGCAUCAUAGCGCAGCGUUUUGACCGCGCAGUGCAUUCACAUUUGUGUGGGUUUUGCUCUGAACCCCUGUAGCUUGCUAUAGGCUUGUGUCAGGGUGGAAGUGGAAAUGUGAGGCCUCUGGAUCUGAUCUGUUUCACGUGGAGAUUUCUGAAAUAACUUACAGCAAUGGAAGCACAAUGACUAAAUUAAAAUUGCUCGCGUGGGCUGGUGUCCUCUGCUGCUUGAUAUGGAAUGGGUUUGCUCAGCAAGGUGGAAGUGACUGUAUAAAAGCUAAUGCAAAAUCAUGUGGUGAAUGUAUACAAGCAGGACCAAACUGUGGCUGGUGUAAAAAAACAGACUUUUUACAAGAAGGAGAACCAACAUCUGCACGAUGUGAUGACUUGGCAGCACUGAAGAGUAAAGGCUGUCCUAUGGAAGAUAUAGAAAAUCCCAGAGGUAGCAAACAAGUGCUUGAAGAUAAAGAAGUAACAAAUCGUAAGAUAGGUGCUGCAGAGAGGCUGAAACCAGAGGACAUUACACAGAUCCAGCCUCAAAAAUUAGUACUGAAACUAAGAGUCGGGGAACCUCAAACAUUCUCACUAAAAUUUAAGAGAGCUGAAGACUACCCCAUUGACCUUUAUUAUCUUAUGGACCUCUCCUAUUCUAUGAAAGAUGAUUUAGAGAAUGUGAAGAGUCUCGGAACGGCUCUGAUGUUUGAAAUGGAAAAAAUAACAUCAGACUUUCGAAUUGGCUUUGGCUCUUUUGUGGAGAAAACUGUGAUGCCAUAUAUAAGUACAACACCAGCCAAACUCAGAAAUCCUUGUACAGGUGACCAGAACUGUACAAGUCCAUUUAGCUAUAAAAAUGUGCUUAGCCUUACCAGUGAAGGAAACAAAUUCAAUGAACUUGUGGGUAAACAGCACAUUUCUGGGAACUUAGAUUCUCCUGAAGGUGGAUUUGAUGCGAUCAUGCAGGUUGCAGUUUGUGGGGAACAAAUUGGCUGGAGAAAUGUUACAAGACUCCUGGUGUUUUCCACGGAUGCUGGAUUUCACUUUGCAGGAGACGGUAAACUUGGUGGAAUUGUUUUACCAAAUGAUGGGAAGUGUCAUCUGGAAAAUAAUAUGUACACAAUGAGCCACUAUUAUGAUUAUCCCUCUAUUGCUCAUCUGGUACAGAAGCUUAGUGAGAACAAUAUUCAGACAAUCUUUGCUGUUACUGAAGAGUUUCAGGCAGUUUAUAAGGAACUGAAAAAUCUGAUACCAAAAUCAGCAGUGGGAACAUUGUCUUCAAACUCCAGCAAUGUGAUCCAGCUGAUCAUUGAUGCAUACAAUUCCCUUUCUUCAGAGGUUAUCCUGGAAAACAGUAAGCUACCAAAAGGAGUGACCAUCAGUUAUAAGUCUUUCUGCAAGAAUGGAGUGAAUGACACACAAGAAGAUGGGAGAAAAUGUUCUAACAUUUCAAUUGGAGAUGAGGUUAAAUUUGAGAUUAAUGUAACAGCUAAUGAAUGUCCAAAGAAAGGACAAAAUGAAACAAUUAAAAUUAAACCACUGGGAUUCACUGAAGAAGUGGAAAUUAAUCUCCAGUUCAUCUGUGAAUGUCAGUGUCAAGGUGAAGGAGAACCCAAUAGUCCAGCCUGCCAUGAAGGAAAUGGAACAUUUGAAUGUGGUGCCUGCAGAUGUAAUGAAGGACGUAUAGGAAGACUGUGUGAAUGUAGUACAGAUGAAGUAAAUAGCGAGGAUAUGGAUGCUUACUGCAGGAGGGAGAACAGUACAGAAAUCUGCAGUAACAAUGGAGAAUGCAUUUGUGGACAGUGUGUAUGCAAGAAAAGAGAAAACACCAAUGAAGUGUAUUCUGGCAAAUACUGUGAAUGUGACAACUUCAAUUGUGAUCGAUCAAAUGGUUUGAUUUGUGGAGGAAACGGUAUCUGCAAAUGCCGAGUGUGCGAGUGUUUCCCCAACUUCACUGGCAGUGCAUGUGAUUGCUCUUUGGAUACCUUGCCGUGUAUGGCGUCUAAUGGGCAGAUCUGCAAUGGAAGAGGAACCUGUGAAUGUGGGACCUGUAACUGUACAGAUCCAAAAUUCCAGGGCCCCACAUGUGAAAUGUGUCAGACUUGCCUUGGUGUCUGUGCAGAGCACAAGGACUGCGUUCAGUGCAGAGCUUUCGAUAAGGGAGAAAAGAAGGAAACAUGCUCUCAGGAAUGUAUGCAUUUCAACAUGACGCUGGUAGAAAGUCGAGACAAGUUGCCGCAGCCUGGACAGCCCGAUCCGCUGUCUCACUGCAAAGAGAAGGAUGUUGACGACUGCUGGUUCUACUUCACGUAUUCUGUCAACUCAAAUGGUGAAGCCAACGUCCACGUGGUGGAGACCCCAGAAUGCCCCAGCGGCCCUGACAUCAUUCCCAUUGUAGCUGGUGUGGUUGCUGGAAUUGUUCUUAUUGGACUUGCAUUAUUACUGAUUUGGAAACUACUAAUGAUCAUUCAUGACAGAAGAGAAUUUGCUAAGUUCGAGAAGGAGAAGAUGAAUGCCAAGUGGGAUACGGGUGAAAAUCCUAUUUACAAGAGUGCAGUGACAACUGUGGUCAAUCCUAAAUAUGAGGGAAAAUGAACACUGCUUGUAUAACUUCACAACACUGUAUGCAGCAUAGCAAUUUUUGUAGUCACAGUAAGAUAGAUUUAGGGCAAACUGCAGUGAUUUUACUAAUUCAUUACAUAUAGGUUUGUUUUCCUGUGCAGGUUUUGAAAAUGUACAAUAUGUUGGUUUUGGUUUUUUAUUUUAUUUUUUGUUUUGCAAAUGAAAGUAAUCAGUACCAGAGGUCUGACAAAAACACAACACAAAACUUGAGACUGUGUAGCCUUGUCAGCUGAGGUCACAUGGUGCCUUUUGGACCUUUUCCACUCCCGUGCUGUGAAUCCGGGUCUUCUGCAGGGUGCGAUGCUGCGGCGGGACAGGGGACGCGGUGAAAGCCAUCGGCACGAGGGCUCUGCCUAGCCAGUUAGUAUUACACUUUUUAGCUUUACAGGGAAAUCAGGGCUUGAGUUUGCAGAUGUAAUUAAAUUCAUGUAGCAUGGAGCUGGUGGUUAAUUGCUCUUCUGCUUGCGAGACAUGUGAUUGAGUACAUGGUAAGUGGAGUAAGUUGGAACUGAGCAGUGUAAAAGACUGAAAAUUGUCUGCAUACUUAUUUUGAAUUUUUAAGUUGUUUAUUGCCAGGUUAUGAUUAAAAUGAAAGACUUUGAGAAGAAUGUUAAGAAGGAAAAAAUAGCUUUAAAACAUGUGCCAUUACUGAAAAAGUUGCUGACUGGUAACUUGCUUAGAUUUUGUUUGUAAAUUCAAGCCCUGGGUGGCAGUAUCGUGAAGUACCUUACCGAGACAUCCUCAAAACACAUAAGGGCCUUACAUCAUACUGUGUCUUCAUUCUGUAACGUUUCCUGGUUUAAAGCCUGGUGCUUUGUCACCCUUCUAAUCUUUUUAACGUAUUUGGUUGCGAUUCAUUUUGUAAUAUUUUUGUAUCAACACAAGCUUUUUUUCUUUUUUUUUUUUCCUUUUUUUGGGCAGUCUUAGCUGUAAAUUUGCCUCUACCCUGUAGCUAAGAUUGCGUAGUUUGUCGUGUGACACGAGUCACACCGUUCUUGACAUGCGCCAUGUACAUUUGCCUUUGACCAUUCAAACUGCAUCAUAGUCAUAUUCUUGUUUUAAGUGCCUUUUUAUUUUAACAGAUGUUCACUUUUUACAGUGCUAUUACUGAAGUUAUUUAUUAAAUAAAAGUACCUUAAAAUACUUAAA